GAUAAUAAAAACUUUUCUCAGGAUUAUUCAUUAAUAAAUACUUGGUCAGUCCGUUCCAACUUCUGGUACUGUUCCAAGUAGUCCAAAUCGAGCAGGAGCGAACGCGAACAAGCACGAAUGAAGAAUUACGAACGAACUCGACGACUGAUAUUGCGAGUACAAACGAGCCCAAAUGAACAUCGACGAAUACGUUCCGUCUCCGUCUUUCUUGUCGAUAUGUUUAUCAAAGAAAAAACAUUCGUGAAAUAUAAUGGAGUGGCCAAACGAUAAAGCUUUAUUAUUUAUUAAUGAAAUUGAAAGUUUACCGAUUUUAUGGGAUUCUUCAGAUCCAUAUUACAAAAUUAGUAGGAAAAAAAAUGAGACGUGGGAAAAUCUUGCCAACAAAUUCUGUACAACAAUACUAGAUGUUAAAAAGAAAUGGCUUUCGUUACAGGCGUCAUACAGAAGAGAGAGAAUUAAGAUGAUUGAUUCUGCAAAGGGAACUGAGAAAAAAGUAUCGUCAAAAUGGUUUGCAUAUCGUGCAAUGAUGUUCUUGGGAGAUCAUUAUAAACCAAGAGGGAUAAGAGAUACUUCUGAGACUUCUGAAACAUGUCAACAGGAAGAAAGUAGAGAAUGUAAGAAUCAAGAAGGUAUUAAUGAAACAGAAAUAACAUGUCCGAAAGUAGAAGCUACAUUACACGAACCAGAGAGAAGUGUACGGCUGCGUGAUACUUCGUUGCGAAGAAAACAUUUGAAAAUGUUUUAUUCUCCAGAAUUAAGUAGCCCAAAGAAAAGAAAGAUUAAUGAAGAUAAACCAAGUGAAAUGUAUAUUUUAAAGGCUACUGUUGCAGAAAAAGAAUAUCAAAGAGAUGAAAAUGAAACUUAUGGUGAAUACGUGGCACUGACACUGAAGAAAUUAGAUAAUUAUUCACGUAUAAUGGCUAAACAUUACAUCAACGAGAUUCUUAUAGAAGCAGAAUUAGGGAAAUACAAAGAUUCGAUUCCUCAAAGAUCGCCUACACCCACAACCUAUUCUGCUAUUUCACCAUUGCUUUCUGUAUAUUCGUACCAAUCCGGAGGUUCCAAUAACGUGGUUUCUUCUGAACCGAAUCUGUGAUCAUAUGAUGAAUCAGUAGCAUUAAAAAAUUAUUUCUUUCUCUCAGUGUAUCGUCUUUUGUCAGUGGUGAUCUCUUCUGCAUGUCCAUCUGAUAUCCACUGAUAUGUGGGACCUACAGUUCUUAACACCGAAUGGCCCAUGGUGGAAGAAAUACUCCGUCCACCAUGGAACGGCCUAUCGAAUGAUUUGUCAUUGUCUUGGUGACGAUCAAAGUGACGAUCAAAUAAAAUCUGAUAUAUGUGGAUUUAAAUCUCAUAGCAGCCAGCUCUAUGCCACAAAGUUAUUUAACACGAUUUUAAUCAUUUCUAUUUUCUGCAAGCUUUUGUUGAAAUAC